AUGACAAUUUUACGUAUUCAAGUAUUUGGAAAUUAUGAGAGUGAUAUUUUAACAAGAAUUUAUCCAGCUUAUAGUAUUUCUGUAAAAGCUGGAGUAUUAAAUGAAUCAAGUGAAUGCCGAAAGGAACUUGAUACUUUUCGUGAUGCAGUUGACAAUAAAAAAUUAUGGGGUUUAAAAAUGUUGGAUGCAAGUGGUCAAUCGAAACCAGGUUUUGCCUAUGGAAAUAAUUAUUGGCUUGGAGUUAAAAGUCAGUGUCUUGAUUUUGGUAAUCAUGAUCCAUUUGAUAUAUCAAUUAAUACGAAAAAUAAAAAUUUAAUUUAUCAACAUGUCCACGAAGAAUUUCCACCAUUUGAGGUGAAUUAUUUCUCAGCACAAUUUCGACACAAUAGCAGUAUGCAAUAUCAUACUGGCAUGAUGAACGAUGAAGAUAUUAUAAUACUAGGACUUUGCUUACCAAAGUCAUGUAUGACAAUUGAACUGUCAAAUAUUUUGAUUGAAAUAUUUCAAUCAAAAAUGUUGACAGCUGGUCAUAUUUAUGAUGCCAAUUAUCAUUUGAUACAAGUAAAAAAUCUUGAGGAUAAUUAUGAUUACUUAUAUAAUUGGAAAAUAAUUACGAUUGUGAUAAUUGUAUUCGUAACAUUAUUAAUAGUUACAGCUUCAACAAUUUAUGACUUGGCUAUUUUUGAGAAUCAAUUAAAAAAUAAUGAUGAGAAAACGAAUACUAAAAAAAAUUUCAAUGAUAAUCUUGAAGAAUAUUCAUUAGAACCAAAAAUAAAUGCACCAAUUAAACUGAAGAAAAAUAAAACAAGUAUCUUUAUUGAGAUGUUACUUUGUUUUUCAAUAUACAAAAAUACAAAAUUACUUUUUGAUUCAAAACAAGAAUCUAAAACAGAUGCAAUUCAAAUUUUUAAUGGAUUAAGAUUUAUUUCUAUGAUAUUGAUUAUUUUAUUUCACAUUCCAUAUUUUAUAUCUUACAACAUUGUUAAUAAUAUUAUAUUGCUUCUAGAUAAUAUGUCAAUGACUAUGAGAAUAAUUGGUAGUAUUAAUGGAAAAAUUAUGAUUAUCAUUGGACUAUUUACAGUUGAUACAUUUUUUUUUCUAAGUGGUUUUUUAGUUGCCUAUGGUUUUUAUAUACAGGAAAAAAAAAAAAAUGAUAAUUCGCCAACAAAAUUAACUGGACAAUUAAUUAUUAAAGCAAUUAUUAAGAGAUUCAUUAGAUUAACACCUGCGUAUAUAAUGAUAAUAGGAUUAUCAUCAAUUGUAUUUUCACAUUUUGAUAAAACAACACAAUUUUAUGUGGGUGAAAAAAUUCAAGAUAAUUGUGAAAAUUAUUGGUGGAGAAAUUUAUUGUAUAUUAAUAAUUUUUUCAAGAUAGACGACAUGUGUUUAUCUUGGAGUUGGUACCUCCCCAAUGACAUGCAGUUUUUUAUAAUUGCCAAAAUUUUAACAAGUUUAAUUAUUUUAUUUAUCAAUGAUUGUUUAUUGAAAAAUUUAAAUAGGUAUUUUAAAACUUGUGUUGUAAUAUGGACAUGCAUGUUAAUGUCUACUGCAGUUUACAGUGGAUAUUUAUCGUAUUCACUUGGAUUAACAUUUACAAUGGAUAUGUUAUGGGACACCAAAGACUAUUUGUAUUCAUCACCGUUUGUAAGAAUUGGUCCAUAUUUAAUUGGACUUGCUGCAGCAUAUCUUCUUGUUCGAAUGAAUCAUAAAUGGAAUGCUAAUACAGUGAGUUUUUUUUUUUUUUUUAUUUACAAAAAAAUUACUUUAGGAUUAUUUUGGAUUAUUGGAAUUGUUCUUGGUAUUGGAGUGAUGUCUUUUACGAAUGACAAACAAAUAUCUCUUUUUCAAACAGCAAUUUAUGUUGGAUUAUACAGAAUAAUUUGGGCAUUGAUUAUAAGUUGGAUUGUUGUUGCUUCUUCAACUAAUCAUGGAGGAUUAGUUAAUAAAUUUUUAUCUAUGGAAAUAUUUAUACCACUUGGUAAACUUACCUACUGUGCUUAUUUGAUUAAUCCAAUUAUUAUAAGUAUGAUUUAUCUUGGAGCUGAUGUAUCAUUCCAUGUGGAAUUAAUUCUUUUAGUAAGUUGACGGUAUUUCUAAACAAAUAAAUAUCAUGUUAAUAAUUUUAUUUAUAUUAAUCUAUAUUUUUUUUUUUUUUCAAUUUUCAAGGUACCUAUUUGUUUGGGAAUUAUCUUCUUGACAUAUUUUGCUGCAUAUAUAUUAUAUGUUCUAUUUGAAAUACCUUACAUACAUCUUUUUAAAAUU